CUAACUAUGAUACAAGUUCAUACAACAAAGUGAUUGGAUGGCUAUGACUAAUAUUAUUGGAUAACUAAUAAUAUUAUUGACGAUAUUUGAUUUCGUGAUCGAAGAUUAGGUCUGGAAAGAAGACUACCAACAUUUUUUAUCCAAAUUAUAUUUGCUUUAUUUUGGAUGCCGUGUCGUCAUCGUUGGAUAUCUAUUAUUUAAGGUUCCCAUCGCGCUAUUUCGAAGAUGACGGUCAGGCAAGAUGAUAUGAUCUUGUUAUAAGCACCAAAGAAGAUUGUAAAAAAUAAUGUAAGAAUGACUGAACUCAAGGAAGAUGAUAAUGUUAUGAUGUCCCAGGCUGAGGACAGCGACGUAACUUCAAGCUUUACGGAAAACAAUAAUAGCGCUUCGUCCCAAAAUAAACAAGCCCAGUCAGUUAAUAAACAGAAAGAAGUUGAAGAUGAACUCCAAGAAAAAGGCAUUCAAAACGAAGAAUGUGAUGGCGGUAUUGAGAAAAAGAAAGAGGCAAGUGGAAGCAUAAAUGUCUGUGAAGAAAGAAAACAAUUUUGGGACGAAAUAAGAAAGGACGUUGAACGUGGUGAAAACAAAAAAGAUCUUUGGAAGAUGACAAUUCUGUGCCGUGCUUUUCAGUUUAGUCCAGUAGAUCAAGUAGAUGCGCUAGAAAUUGUAAAGUAUUUGGUUGAAAAUGGCGCUGAUGUAAAUGGAUAUGCUAUUGACAGAAGGACUGCUUUUGAUUGGAACGCUACUGACGGAUGGACAGUGCUGCACGUUGCAGUUACUAAAUGUACGUUAGAAAUCGUGAAUUAUCUAGUUGAAAGCGGCGCUGAUGUAAAUGGGAAGGCUACUGACGGAUGGACAGUGCUGCACGUUGCAGUUACUGAAAGUACGUUAGAAAUGGUGAAAUAUCUAGUUGAAAACGGCGCAGAUGUAAAUGAAAAGGAUAUUAUCGGGAAGACAGUGCUGCACUAUGCUGUUACUAGAGAUGCGUCAGAAAUGGUAAAGUGUCUUGUUGAAAAUGGCGCUGAUGUAAAUGGAAAGGCUACUGACGGAUGGACAGUGCUGCACGCUGCUGUUUCUAAAGAUGCGCUAGAAUUGUAA